CAACAAACUCAUUCUCCAAGGACUGAAGAAACGUCUCUGAGACGCCAAAGAGGCAUGGGCAACAGAGCUUCCACACAUCUUAUGGGCGCAAUGCACGACACACAAGACGGCCACGGGCGAAACUCCGUUCACUCUCACUUAUGGCUCCGAAGCGGUCUCCUCGGAAGAAAUGAAUCUACCCUCCCUCCGUGUCCAAGCAUACAACCCGGAAGACAAUCACAAGAAGCUACUUGAACAGUUAGACAUGGUGGAGUCACGUCGCGAGGCGGCCAUGGAACGGAUCAUGAACGAGAAAGCCAAAGUAGCUGCUUCCUACAAUAGGAAGGUGACACCGCGAUCGCUCGAGGAGGGAGACAUGCUUCUCAAGCGUGACUUCCACAAGAAAUAUGAGCACGGCAAGAUUGUCGCAACAUGGGAGGGCCCAUUCCUCACUAGAGAGAAAACAGGUCCCAGCACCUUCCGCCUGGCAACCAUGGAAGGCAUCCCAGUCUCUAAAACAUGGAACGACGUGCACCUGAGAAAGUACUAAGCAGACGCGGUCUGAAGUAGUUCAUGUCUGUGCAAGGACAAUUUUAGUGGCUAGGGUGACACACCCACCACUUGUAAUGGCGUAUUGGUCGCUACCAAGCAACUGCUUUUUCCCAAGUAAUACACCUACAAAUUUCGGCCAAUUUCCCCGAUUCCAAGGGUUUUUUCUUUCACCCAGGUAAUACGAAAACUUAAGAUACAAGAAGUAGCAUAAACCCACUCCAACGCGGUCGCCAACAUGCCAAACACACAGCUUAGAAAGCUCAUAAACAUGAUGUAGCAUAAAACCGCUCCAACGAAAUCACAAGAAAUUGUUCGCGUAACG